AUGCUGACUGCUUAUUCUUUAUCGCUGGCCAUUUCUCUUGCCCUCCCGAGCUUAGCAGCCUUGACACUCUGCCGAAGAGAUAUUCCUGCUGUUGUGCCAUUGCAAAUUGAACGCAAUGAUAUUCCCGACCCCGUGAGCAGAGACCGAGCGAGACGCAAACGAGAUAAGACCGUUAGCCAGGCGAUUGACAAUGAGGAAACAUUAUAUUUCUGCAACAUUACUCUAGGCACACCAGAGCAGAGCUUCCGCUUGGUCCUCGAUACCGGUAGUAGUGACCUGUGGUGUAACUCGGCAAAUUCUUCUCUAUGCCUCUCUGGGAGUGACCCUUGCAGUGUAUCUGGUUCAUAUGAUCCUGAUUCUUCCUCGACAUAUUCAUAUGUCUCGUCGGAUUUCAACAUUUCUUAUGCCGAUGGCAGUGGCGCAGCCGGUGAUUACGUGACAGAUAUUCUACGUAUUGGUGGCGCUACCAUAAAAGAUUUUCAGUUCGGGGUUGGUUAUACAUCUGGAUCUGCUGAGGGAGUAUUGGGCAUCGGAUAUACCUCGAACGAAGUGCAAGUUGGGCGGUUUGGUGAAGAUGCAUAUCCCAACCUCCCUCGAGCGAUGGUAAAAAACGGCCUGAUCAAUUCAAACGCCUACAGCCUAUGGUUGAACGAUCUGAAUGCAAAUACGGGGUCAGUCCUAUUUGGCGGCGUGAACACCGGAAAGUAUCACGGUGAAUUAGAAACAUUGCCCAUACAGCCAGUCAAUGGAGGCUAUUCAGAAUUCGUCAUUGCCCUAACUGGCGUUGCCCUGAAUUCAGAAUCGAGUAAUCAAAAUUACUCAUCAGGCGCCCUCCCGGCGGCGGUAUUACUUGACUCUGGUAGUUCACUAACCUACCUUCCUGAUUCAAUUGUUGAGGGUAUAUUCAAUAACCUCAGUGUCACCUAUGAAUCUUCGAGUGGGGUUGGUUAUGUGCCAUGCAGUUUGGCAAACAAAGACAUCAAUAUAACAUAUACCUUUUCAUCCCCCACAAUCAGUGUCAGUGUUGAUGAACUUGUCCUUGAUAUGGGAGACCUUUGGUUCCGGGACGGAACACGUGCAUGUGCUUUUGGAAUUGUUCCUGCUGGAGACAGCACGGCUGUUCUUGGAGACACAUUCUUACGCAGCGCAUAUGUCGUGUACGAUCUUGCAAAUAACGAGAUAUCCCUUGCCAACACGAAUUUUGAUUCAACGACCGACAACGUGCUUGAGAUUGGGAAUGGUGAUAAUUCAGUCCCUGGUGCGACCCAGGUUUCAAACCCCGUUACCACUGUCGCCGCUGGUGGCUCUGGGGCUCGAAUUGGAGGUCCCACGGGUGGCAUUUUUACCGAAGUACCAACAGCGUCUAGUAAAGGGGCGGCUGCGGUUCGGCCCACGAGUAUCCCAAAACACCUUGCCCUUGGCCUCGCAGGUGUUGGAUAUAUGUUUGUGUUGUAA